CUUCCCCAGAUUUUCACCCAGUUUGACUCAUCUUUGGUGCAGGGAUUGAGACUCUUGAGGUUGAAGUCGAGAUUCCAAGGUACAGCUAGUUGCGGACGAACAUCGUCAUCGGAUCGAAGCCACUCGCCUGCCGCUCUGAUACUUGUUCCCAAAGCCAAGCACGUCACCUGCAAAAUCCAGCCGAAUACAAAUUUCUCCGACCUUGACGGCAACCAUGCCUGGCCGCUCAGAAGUCGCCUAUUUUGGCGCCGGCCCUGCCCCUCUGCCCACGCCUGUCAUUGAAACGGCCGCUCAAGCAUUUGUCAACUUCCAAGACACGGGGCUCUCGCUGGCAGAAAUCUCGCACCGCUCUGCAACCGCAAACAAGGUCCUCGCCGACGCGAAAGACGCUCUGGCAACCUUGUAUGACAUCCCCACGGAUGAAUACGACAUCAUGUUUAUGGAAGCGGGAGGCACAGGGGAGUUUAGUGCCGCCCUGCAGAAUCUCGUGGCGUGUUGGAUCGAGCGACGUCGGAGGAAGGCCGUCGCGGAAUUGGGGGAAGGGAAGGAAGCCGAGGUCCUGGAGCGGGUCAAGAAGGAGAUCGAGGCAGAGUUGAAGGUCGACUAUCUGAUCACGGGGUCUUGGUCUCUCAAGGCCUGCCAGGAAGCGACCAGACUCGUCGGCGCAAGGUAUGUCAACGUUGCCAUCGACGCCAGGAAGACCAACAACGGCAAGUUUGGGAAGAUUCCGGGCGAAAGCGAGUGGAACCUCACACCGAAGGGGAGUGCGUUGACUUACUUGUGCGACAACGAGACGGUCGACGGUGUCGAAUAUCCCAAUUUCCCCAAGAUCCUGGAGAACACAAGUGGGAACGAGGAGGACGACAGAAUUGUGGUGGCAGACAUGUCGAGCAAUUUCCUCAGCCGAAAGAUUGACGUUCGCAAAUAUGGAGUCAUCUUCGGCGGCGCUCAAAAGAACCUUGGUAUCGCUGGUAUUACCGUGGUCAUUAUUCGGAAGUCCUUGCUUAGCCUCGUUCCGCCCCCGACAUUCCUCCAUGCCUUGUCCCCCGUGAUCCCGACCUCAGGGUGUCUGCCGCCCAUUAUGCUCUCCUUCUCCACCAUCGCCGCCAACAACAGUCUCUACAACACCCUUCCGAUCUUCAACCUGUACGUGGCGACUUUGGUCCUGCAGCGUCUCGUUUCCACGUUCGGCUCCAACAAAGUGUCUGGCCAGGAAGAGGUCGCCGACCAGAAGGCCAAAAUCCUGUACGAGACCCUCGACUCUCACCCGGAAACGUACCACGUCGUCCCGCACAAGAGUGCCAGGAGCAGAAUGAACAUUUGCUUCCGGAUCAUCUCCGGGCCGCCGGCCGACGGCGGACAAGUAGUGCCGGACGAGGCCAAGGAGAAGGCAUUCCUUGCCGGCGCCGAACAGCGCGGCCUUCUCGGCCUCAAAGGCCACCGAUCCGUGGGGGGAAUCCGGGCGAGCAACUACAAUGCAGUCCCGCUGGAAAGUAUCCAGAAACUGGCUAGUUGGUUGGUGGAAUUUGCCAGGUGAUGAGUGAAUUCGGG